AUGUCAACCCACACCGUCAUCCCCAUCAAUGAAGAUUGGCAGUUCAGACAGGCAAAUAGUGAGGACGUAGAUGACCCAGCCCACGAUUAUCUCCCCGUCAGCCAGUUCCCCACAAACGUCCAUCUCGACCUGCUCCACCACAAGCUGAUCCCGGACCCGUACAUCGGCAAGAAUGAGCUGCAGGUCCAGUGGGUUGGCGAGACUGCCUGGACGUACCGGACCACCUUCGGUACCCCUGAAGAUGGUCGAUCGCUGCUGCGCGACGACAGCGUAAAGGCUGUUUUGGCCCUCGACGGCCUCGACACCUUUGCUACUGUCAUGCUCAACGGCACUGCUGUUCUCGAGUCGGACAACAUGUUUGUCCCGCAGCGCGUCGACGUGACGGAGCAGCUCCGGGACGAUGAGGAGAACGAAUUGGUCAUCACUUUUGACAGCGCGCACGUACGUGGCUGGAGGCUCGUCGAGGAGCAUCCGGAGCACAAGUGGGGGUGUUGGAAUGGCGACGUUUCUCGUCUUGGUGUCAGAAAAGCACAGUACCACUGGGGCUGGGACUGGGGCCCUACAUUGAUCACCUGUGGUCCUUGGAGACCUGUCAACCUUGAGAUUUACAAGUCAAGGAUCGCCGAUCUGUGGGCUGGUGUAAAGGUCGACGAUGACCUGGCUGCUGCCCAGGUCACUGCCCGUGCAGAGAUAGAAGGCCGCGCUGCAACCGUGCGCUUCGACAUAUCCCUGAAUGGGGAAGCUGUGGAUUCCCAGACAGUUGACGUCGCUGACUUGGCAGCAGCCGAAUUCACAAUUGAGAAACCCGAGCUCUGGUAUCCCAUUCGAUAUGGGAAGCAGUCCCUUUACGAACUCAAGGCGACACUCCUGGAUGGCGCGGACGAGAUUGAUUCUUCCGCCAAGACUAUCGGGCUUCGCAAGGUCGAGCUAGUCCAACGUCCCCUCGUGGCCCAGACAGGGACCAGUUUCUUCUUCAAGGUCAACAACAUCCCCAUCUUCUGUGGGGGGAGUGACUGGAUACCGGCAGACAACUUCCUCCCUCGCAUCUCCAAGGAGAGGUACCGCGACUGGGUGCGUCUGGUGGCAGAGGGAAAUCAAUUGAUGCUCCGCGUAUGGGGCGGUGGCAUCUACGAGGAUGAAGCCUUGUACGAGGCAUGCGACCAGAUGGGCAUACUUGUCUGGCAAGACUUCAUGUUUGGCUGUGGAAACUACCCUGCGUGGCCGGCGUUGCGUGAGUCCAUCAAGCUCGAAGCGACGGUCAACGUCAAGAUUCUGCGCCACCAUCCGUCCAUUGUCAUCUACGCUGGUAACAACGAGGACUACCAGUACCGCGAGUCUGAAGAUCUCACCUACGACCCCCAAGACAGGGAUCCGGAGAGCUGGCUCAAGACUGACUUCCCCGCGCGCUACAUCUAUGAAAAGAUAUUGGCCGACGUGUGUGCCGAGCUGGUUCCCGACGUACCCUACCACUUUGGCAGCCCGUUUGGUGGGAAGGCAACAUCAGACCCCACAGUCGGCGACAUACACCAGUGGAAUGUCUGGCAUGGGACGCAGGAAAAGUAUCAAGACUUUGACAGGCUCGCCGGCCGUUUCGUGUCCGAAUUCGGAAUGGAGGCCUUUCCCGACAUCCGUACAGUUGACCAGUUCCUGCCAAAGGGGCGAGAUGACCCUGACAGAUACGCACAGUCAUCAACAGUGGACUUCCACAACAAGGCCGCCGGCCACGAGCGACGUCUCGCCCUGUACCUGGCCGAGAAUAUCCGCUACUCUCCGGACCCGUUUGAGUACUACAUCUAUUGCACUCAGCUUAUACAGGGCGAGUGUCUCGCAUCGGCCUACCGACUAUGGAAGCGUCAGUGGAAAGGUCCGAGGAAGGAGUACUGCGCGGGAGCUUUGGUGUGGCAGACGAAUGACUGCUACCCCGUAACUUCGUGGUCCGUCUGCGACUACUACCUCCGCCCCAAGCUAGCUUACUACACGGUCAAGCGGGAGAUGGCGCCCAUUUCUCUAGGUAUCAAGCGCCGCGAGCACCAGCACAUGAAGGACCACGACGCGAACGGCCCCAUAGAGAUACGGACCGAGAUUGCAGUGUGGGCGUCAAAUUUGAUGCUUGACGAUCUGCAAGUCGAUUGCGUCCUGAAAUCCUGGGAUGUCGAGACGGGCGAGGAGACAUACUCGGACACGGUGGCCUUGGAUAUCACCAUUCCGGCGAACCAGUCUACCGAGAUCGUCGCCGUGGAUGUACCCGUUGCCAGAAAGAACGCCGGUCUCGAGGCCCGCACCGUAGUGGCCGCCUACCUUGUCGAGAACGGCACGCAGAUUGCCCGCUAUGUCAACUGGCCGGAGCCCCUCAAGUACCUCCACCUCCAGAAGCCAGAGGAUCUCAAGGUCCUCCUGUCGGACGAUUUGAAGACCGUCUCUCUGUCGGCUGAGGUUCCUGUGAAGGGACUGGCACUCGGGUCUGAAGAUGAUUCCGUCCGCUUCAGCGACAACCUUGUCGAUCUCGUCCCCGGUGAGGUGGUUAGGGUGGGCGUCGGGGGUGCGUCAGAGGGAACAGAGGUGACGAGCCAGUAUCUGGGCAUGGUGAAUUGA